AUGCCCGAGCUGAAGAAGUUAGCAGGGAUCAGGCUUAAAUAUCCGCACAUCAUCAGCUCAUGCACAGACAGCACACCACAGCUGACCGACCUGUGGACCAUCCCACACACCCGCGCCGAUCAGUCCGCGCGCUCACGCAGCCAGCCUUUGACGAGCUCGGAUUCAGACAGGAGAAUACUCAGAGCUGUGGAGGCCCUGAUGUCCAUGAACCUCCAGCAGAGGGGUUCUUCUUCCUCUCAUGUUAUGUCAUGCAUGACUCCACCGUACAGCCCCGAGAGCGACCCGCACCUGGGGUCAGGGGUCACGGCUUCACCUGAGGCCAGAUCUCAAGCGGUCAGCCGCUCCAGCCCUCCUCCCGGCACCUCGCUGCUGUUUGUGGCCAAAUCUUCAGUCGUGGUGAUUCUGCCCCCUAAACAGACAGUCACAGCGCCUCCAGUGGGUCUGAAGUUCACCGCCAUCGCUCCCGCUCCAGCCCGAGACCCGUCCACAGUCACACCCGCGUCCGGAGCCGUCCCGUCACGCCCCCGCGAUCACAUCUGCACCCACCCCGACUGCGGGAAAACAUACUUCAAAAGCUCCCACCUGAAAGCACACCUGAGAACACACACAGGUGAGAAGCCGUUCAGGUGCUGCUGGGACGGCUGCUUACGGCGGUUUGCCAGAUCUGAUGAACUGUCCCGUCACCGGCGCACACACACAGGAGAGAAGCGUUUCUCCUGCCCGGUUUGCCACAGCCGCUUUGUGCGCAGCGACCACCUGACAAAACACACACGCCGCCAUCUAACAGCCAGGAGAACGCCGGUGUGGCAGAAGGAGGUUUACCGUCUGAACAGCAUCAGUGCUGUCUGUCACCUGCAGCCUCUGGCACCUAAAACUCAGAGCUGACACAGUCCUUCACAUCUCUAACGCUUUAAUUGUUUAUAUAUAUAUAUAUAUAUAUGCACUACUGUUUCACAAAGUUUUGAUAAUCA